AUGAAGAAUGCACAUGUACAGUAUUUCGAUGCAUUUGAUGCGCUAAUGAUUGAAAUGAUCAACUACUCGACUUCUGUUUCGAGAUAUGACUCGGGCAUUCGUUUUCUUGAAUCCGUUGGUGUAACCGUAAGCGAAAAGUUAAUUGUGAGAUCUGCGAAAGAUCAUGCCAGGUUUACUAACGAAUUAGAUAUUGUGAAAUAUGUGUGCAUGGAAUUUUGGUCAUCAGUAUACCAUAAACAAGUUGAUACACUGAAAACUAAUUAUCAGGAUGUUUACGUUAUCACUGUCAAUGACUUUCAGCCUCUAUUGAAAUUCGGAAGUAUUCCUGAUGAUAUACCAGAAAUCCCUAAGGAUAGGAAUGAUAUGCCUAUUUCUGGCUUUUCUGAAAUGAACAAUAAGUUUCCAAUGUAA